GAAUCUGAAGGUCCAGUCGCUCUCGCCCAGUGAGUGGAGCCCGAACCUUUGCCGGAUGCACGGAGGCUCGGAUAUUCCGCGGCGCCUGACUGGCUCGUGCACGGCCCGCCGCCCCUAGCAAUCCUGCUGCUGGAGCUCACACGACUCGGCUCCAGAAACUUUUUCGUGUACGGGAGACCGGCCGCUGAGAGAUAGAGAGAGAGAGAGCGAGAGAGAAAAAAAAGGGACCGUCGCUACUCCGACCCAGCGAAAGACCUAGAACCUGUACAACAACCCAAUUGAUACCGCUAUUCUCUUGUCUUUUUGUUCUCCGCCCUCCUCCCCUUAUUUGUUUGGUUCCUUUCGUCCAGCAGCCAUCCCGAUGAAGAGGUCAAGGAUAUCAAGAUGCACCGGGCAACUGCUCAGCGCCCCGGCCGGGACGCACGCCUCGUCGUGCCUGACGCCCAUCUCCUUUAGACCACAGCAGCUCUCCCGGCCAAGCAACCCGGUGCGGACACGAUCCAUGUUCAGCUCGACCAAACCGGCGGCAGCGGCAGCGGCAGCGCCGCACCUCGCCUCCGAGUCCCUCGACGCCUCCUCAACGACGACAACGACGACACCCGCCGGCCCGAGAACCCUCCCGUCACCUCUCCCCCAGAAGGCCCUCAGCUCCGCCAAGCUCGCCGCCCUUCACGCCCGCCUCUCCCUCCCCGCGAAGUUCCCGCUCCAGACCCUCGCGCGCGCCCUCGUCGACCCCUCGGCCGACCCGAGCCCCAACUUCAACAACGCCAACCUCGCCGUCGUCGGCGGCACCCUCAUCGGCUACCACGUCUCCGAGUGGCUCAUCGCCCACUACCCGCGCCUGCCCAUGGCCAUCCUCUACGAGGCCAUGCGCGCCUACGCCGGGUCCGACUCCCUCUACCGCGUCGCGAGCCAGUGGGGCGUCGAGAGCGCGGCCGCCCCCGGCGGGGAGGUCGACCCGGGCCUGCUGCAGUGGUCCCAGGACCCGACCGCCGGCAUCGUCCACGGCCGCUGGGGCUACGUCCGCAAGGAGCACCGCCACCUCGACAAGUUCAAGUGGCGCCGCUCCGUGUCGUCGCGCGUCGUACUCGACGACGAGUUCGGCGACACCCUGCACGCCCCCGAGCCGAACCCUCUCGAGCCCGCCGCCGACCCGCAGGACCCGGCCAUGGCGCGGGAGCGGUACAUGAAGAUCCGCAACAACGCGCACGCCGCCUUCGUCCGCGCCGUCACGGGCGCCGUCUACGCCCACGCCGGCCGCGACGCCGCCCGCGCCUUCAUCGACGCCCACGUCCUCAGCCGCAAGGUCGAGCUCGAGAAGCUCUUCAGCUUCAAGCUGCCCACCCGCGAGCUGGCCAUGCUCUGCGCCCGCGAGGGCUUCGAGGCCCCCGUCGCCCGCCUCGAGAGCGAGACGGGCCGCAUGAGCAGGACCCCCGUCUACGUCGUCGGCAUCUACAGCGGCCGCGACAAGCUCGGCGAGGGCACCGGCGCCAGCCUUGACUUCGCCCGCCUGCAGGCCUCCAUGAACGCCCUCAAGGCCUGGUACCUCUACAGCCCCGGCGCCAAGGUCCGCGUCCCAAGCGACAUGUUCGUCGAGGGCGCCAAGCCGUGGAAGCCUUUGCACAUCGACAUGGGGGAGAUCAUCUAAACUGUACAACAAAACAGGGCAACGAAGAUGGGGGAGAAAGAAGGGAGAAGGGGCACAAAAGAAAAAAAAACGAAAAUCCAUCAAAUGUAAUCCAUCCACUUGGGCAAAAAACGAGAGAGAAGGUGGCAGGCAGAUGAAAUAGGAGGGUGGAGAGGGUAAAGGGGGAGAUGCCGUUGAACCGCCAGGGGACACAGGUGAUCCCGGAUGACCAAUAUGCCUCUUUUUGGCAGUGUACAUUUUGAAACAAGGACAUGUAGAAAGGUCAAGCAUGUUUCUGUAAGAUGAAUAGAUUUGUAAAAAAAAAAAAAAAAAAAGACACUCCUCGAAACGGGAACGAUCUGCUGGACUCCAAAAUCAAAUCGCUGUGCCCUCGCUAAGGACACACGGUCUUGAAGCCAUGACAUCGCAGUCUCUGCUAGUGGAUAAAUGCUGGUACCGC